AUGGCGUCUAAUCGUCGACAAAACAUAAAUUCAUCCAAUGAAGCAGAUACAAGUUUUCCUACAAAAACAUCAGCACGGACGGAAGACAAUUUUAAAUGGACUCCAAGUCGAGAAAGAAUGUUUCUUGACUUGUGCGACCAAGGAAUUGCGAUGAAUACUUACCGUAUAAAAGAUCUUUCACCAUUUGCAAAAGAGUUUAUAGUUCAAAAGUUCAACGAGGAGUUCCAUCUUAAUAUCAGCUACAAAUUCUUCAAAGAAAAACUUGAUCAAUUGAAAAGAAAGUACAAGAAGUAUAGUAUUAUGCUGAAGUCUACCGGGAUCGUGGUUGAUCCUAUUACAUCUGUGAUAAGUGCAUAUGAAUCAUGGUGGAAAGAUCGUGAAGUAAGUACGCAUGAUCUUUUUUACAGCAAAAAAUAA